CCUCAGCACCGCGGCCCGGCCCGCCCGGGCCAGCCUGUCGCCGGGUUCCCUGGCGGUGGGGACCGGGGCGUCCUGGGGCGCAUGCGGAUGGCCGCGGCGCUGUGGGCGCUGUGGGCGCUGGGGAUGUCGACCUACAAGCGGGCUACGCUGGACGAGGAGGACCUGGUGGACUCGUUGUCCGAGGGCGAAGUGUACCCGAACGGCCUGCAGGUGAACUUCCGCAGCCCCCGGAGUGGCCAGAGAUGCUGGGCUGCUCGGACCCAGAUGGAGAAGCGGCUGGUGGUGCUGGUGGCGCUUCUGGUGGCCGGACUGGUAGCCUGCUUGGCAGCGCUGGGCGUUCAAUACCGGACAAGAACCCCCCCAGUGUGCCUAAGUGAGGCCUGCGUCUCUGUGACCAGCUCCAUCUUGAGCUCCAUGGACCCCACGGUGGACCCCUGCCAGGACUUCUUUACCUACGCCUGUGGCGGCUGGAUCAAAGCCAACCCUGUGCCUGACGGCCACUCACGCUGGGGAACCUUCAGCAACCUCUGGGAACACAACCAAGCCAUCAUCAAGCACCUCCUCGAAAAUUCCACAGCCAGCGUGAGCGAGGCAGAAAGGAAGGCCCAAGUGUACUACCGUGCAUGUAUGAAUGAAACCAGGAUCGAGGAGCUCAAGGCCAAGCCCCUCAUGGAGCUGAUUGAGAAGCUCGGGGGCUGGAACAUCACAGGUCCUUGGGACAAGGACAACUUCCAGGACACUCUACAGGUGGUCACCUCCCACUACCGCACAUCUCCCUUCUUCUCUGUCUACGUCAGUGCCGACUCCAAGAAUUCCAACAGCAACGUGAUCCAGGUGGACCAGUCUGGCCUGGGCCUGCCCUCAAGGGACUAUUACCUGAACAAAACUGAAAACGAGAAGGUGCUGACGGGAUACCUGAACUACAUGGUCCAGCUGGGGAAGCUGCUGGGUGGGGGCGACGAGGCCACCGUCCGGCCCCAGAUGCAGCAGAUCCUGGACUUCGAGACGGCGCUGGCCAACAUCACCAUCCCCCAGGAGAAGCGCCGCGACGAGGAGCUCAUCUACCACAAGGUGACGGCGGCCGAGUUGCAGGCCUUGGCGCCCGCCAUCAACUGGCUGCCCUUUCUCAACACCAUCUUCUACCCCGUGGAGAUCAACGAGUCCGAGCCCAUUGUUGUCUACGACAGGGAGUACCUGGCGCAGGUCUCCACCCUCAUCAACAACACCGACAAAUGGGCCCAUCCUUCCAGAGGCCCCAGCGCUCCAGGACCCUCACUCCUCCCCCCUCAGGGCCGCACCCUAGGUGGGAAGCUUCCCAGACACUUCCGCUUUUUCCCCAAGGAGUUGCAUCAGAAAAGGUCUCCUGGAGGUUCUGAAGGAAGCGGCCCCAGCGGCUGCUGCCUUCUGGACGGACAAGGGCUGGGAAGAAGGACGGGACCCAGUAACCCCUGUCCCUUGUGUUUCCAGACCUGCCUUCCCCGGUGGAAGUUCUGCGUGAGCGACACAGAGAACAACUUGGGCUUCGCCCUGGGCCCUAUGUUUGUCAAAGCGACCUUUGCGGAGGACAGCAAGAGCAUCGCCAGCGAGAUAAUCCUAGAGAUCAAGAAGGCGUUUGAGGAAAGCCUGAGCACGCUGAAGUGGAUGGAUGAGGACACUCGGAGAUCGGCCAAGGAGAAGGCAGAUGCAAUCUACAACAUGAUAGGCUACCCCAACUUCAUCAUGGACCCCAAGGAGCUCGACAAAGUGUUCAAUGACUACACUGCGGUCCCCGACCUCUACUUCGAGAAUGCCAUGCGGUUUUUCAACUUCUCCUGGAGGGUCACUGCCGACCAGCUCAGGAAAGCUCCCAACAGAGACCAGUGGAGCAUGACCCCGCCCAUGGUGAACGCCUACUACUCACCCACCAAGAACGAGAUUGUGUUUCCAGCAGGCAUCCUGCAGGCUCCGUUCUACACCCGCUCCUCCCCCAAGGCCUUAAACUUUGGUGGCAUUGGUGUGGUCGUGGGCCACGAGCUGACUCAUGCUUUUGAUGAUCAAGGACGAGAGUAUGACAAGGAUGGGAACCUCCGGCCCUGGUGGAAGAACUCGUCCGUGGAGGCCUUCAAGCAGCAGACCGAGUGCAUGGUGGGCCAGUACAGCAACUACAGCGUGAACGGGGAGCCGGUGAACGGCCGGCACACCCUCGGGGAGAACAUCGCCGAUAACGGGGGCCUCAAGGCGGCCUAUCGGGCCUACCAAAACUGGGUGAAGAAGAAUGGGGCGGAGCAGACAUUGCCCACCCUGGGCCUUACCAAUAACCAGCUCUUCUUCCUGGGCUUCGCACAGGUCUGGUGCUCCGUCCGCACGCCAGAGAGCUCCCAUGAAGGCCUCAUCACCGACCCUCACAGCCCCUCCCGCUUCCGGGUCAUUGGCUCCGUCUCCAACUCCAGGGAGUUCUCAGAACACUUCCACUGCCCGCCCGGCUCGCCCAUGAACCCUCAUCACAAGUGCGAAGUCUGGUGAGCGGGGGAGCACCUCGAGCCAAGACAGAGGACGAGCCCCCAGGUGGGGCCGCCCCCCGGCUGCCCAGGGCCCCCCUUCCCCGCGCUGGAGGGUUUUCAGCCGGAACUGAGCCUACCCUGUGGGUCCUCAUCACAGUCUGAGCUUUGAUCCCCCGUGAAGACCCUGGCAUCCCAGGCACGUGUGUCAACUCCAGUGGGCAUUUGGGUGUCGGGUCGGUUGCUCACCAGGCCUGGGCCCCGCGCUGACAAGGGCAGUGGACGCAACCCCCCCCAGAAACACCAGAAAUACCACUGUGUCAAAUGCUUUAAAGAUAUAUUUUUGGGGAAACUAUUUUUUAAACAUUGUGGAAUACACUGGAAAUGUUCAGGGAAAUAAUGAAUUUAAAACACUUUUUUUUUUUAAGGAGAGGAUUGGUAUAUUUAUUAUAUUCUGUUUUUCUAAAUAACCUGUGGAUAAGGGAAGCCCCACUGACUUACCCCUCUCUUCCUCACUGGCUGCGAGGUCGCCCGAGGCAGCCAUCCCCAGCCACUGAGUGCGUCCCCAAGUAGAGAGCUGCCCAGCCCUUGGCGUUUACAGUUUCAGCCUCUGUCACCUGGUUUUGCAGUUGCAGGGUGUAGACAAGAGAGGUGUGGAGGCCGGGAAGGAGCAGAGGCCAGCUCACGGGCACCGCCCCUCGCAGCUUGCCUGCCUCUGUCCCCACAGUCCGACAGUGGGAAGCCAACUAGGACGGUCUGAUCGCCAAAGUCACAGCAGGGAACUGAUGGCUGAGGCAGGAUGAGGCCAGGUCAUGGCCCGCAAACCCAGCCUGCUGCACCCCAGCACCCUGGGCUUGGACGGCAGAGCGCCCGAGAGACCCGGCCCUCCGUCAGAUGCAUUCUGCCAUGCCGUACGUGGCCCCUCUCUGUCCCUCUUCUGGCCACUCCGUGUGCAUCCCAGGGUCCGGUUGCCUGUCUGCAGCCCUCCCAGCCUGGCCACUUGAGGGUCUGCCCUGCUGACCCCCUUCUACAGAGGAAGGAGAAAAGAGAAGACCACUCUCCUGUCCCGCAGGGCCCAGACCCUCCCUCUGAGCCCCGUCCUGCACCCCUGGCCUGGGUCAGCUCCCAGGACCACACGCAGCCCCGCCUGCCCGCCCUCCAUCUCUAGUGCCUUAUCUGAGGCUGCAGCCCAGGCUCUACCCCAAGGAGACAGCCCCCCGCCAGGUGCCCCUUGGCCUCCUCAGUGAAGCCUUCAGGUGUCCUGACUAUAAUGUAAGGCCAUACCUCCUCCUCCCAGUGCCCACAGAGCUGUCCCUCACGGCAGCCUGGCGGCUCAAGCCUACAGGGCAGUGGCACCAAGGUCAGGAAUCUGAAGGACCCCUGAGCUUGCCCUGGGCCCCAUCCCGCCCUCAGCCCCUUGGGUUGAAUCCAGACAAUACUUGUAACUAGAUGGACUCCUCAUUUGGACAUGUUUUCACAGGCGGCCUGUGAGGAACAGGUUCCCCCAACGUGGUCGGUCUAGCCCAUGGGGUCAGGGAACCAGGGAUGGUGUCCCUCCUGGAGACCGUAGCUCAGGAGCCAUGUCUGGGGGAAGCAGGCGCCUGUGACUGAGGCCCGGGCAGCCAGUGCCUGUCCUGGCUCUCCCAUCUCGGCAGCCCGUGGCUGGCCAUGCCCCCUCACCUUGCCCUGGAAGUUAGACUCCUCCCUGCCCAAGAGGGCCAGCCAGAUCAGCCUCAGCACUGAGGUCCCACUGGUCCCCACAAGCAGCGGUCCUGGGCCCUCUUCAGAGGAGAUGUAGGACAGGAGCCAGAGGAGGAUUAGCGGUGGGGACUGCCACAUCACCUUGCCACACAGAGGUCGGCUUCCCUAGCCCUAGUGCCCACCAGGCACCUCCUCUGCCUGCCACCUCCUGCCUUCCUGCCUUCCCCAUGGGGGUCACAGUCCUCAAGGGUAUCUGUCCUCACCUUGGGCUGGGACCUCCUGACAAGAAGCAAGUGUCCCAGGGCUGAGGGUCCAGCCAGAAGGGAUGUGGACUGCAUUCAUUUCUUCAGGGUGUCCUGGGAGUAGGCAGGGGCCAGGGGAGAGGGGGGCUUAAGCCCAGCAGGGAUGGAAGCAAAGGGAGCACCCCCACUGUCCCUGCCUCUCCUGAGCUUACAACAAGGCCGAGGACAUGGGCAGAUGCCCCCUGAGAGGCCCUUCCCCUGAGGCCCAGGGAGCCAUCGGGCUGGCUUCUCUGCAGGUACAUGGACACGGGGUUUGGAGCUGGGAAUCUAUUUUUUGUAUUCUUAUGUUUUGUGCUACUGUAGUUUUGGCGUGGCACUAUUGUAACUGAAAUAAACGACUUGUACCGAG